AUGGAGACGACAAGUCGUUGGAAUAUAGUCCCAGAAGGAUGUGCAGAUUCAGCUCGAACGAAACUAGAAGCAAGUAAAGACAAAGAUGCAGUUCCCAAAGAAAAAGAAGCAGAAGGCAUAGAUGUGGUUUCAGAAGAAAAGCAAACUGAAGACAAGGAUGAGGUUCCAACAAAAACAGUAACAAAAGAAACAGAAACUCAAGACGACGUGGUUCCAGUUGAGGAAAAUGGAAAUGGCCAAGAGAGAAUUCCAACAAUAACAAAUAUAAAAGGUGAAGGAACAGAAACCAAAGGUGAUGAAAAGAUCAAGAAGCAGUUAUGCGAAGUUAUUAUGGACGGGAGUGUGUGGGAUCUGCACGUAAUACUAUUUGGCAAUAAACACGUACUAACACAAGAAAUCAACAGUGAUGGUAACAUGCCACUUCAUAUAGCUGUCGGAAUAGGUAAGAACCGUAUGGUCAGUGAAAUGUUACGGUUAAUCAAAGUUGAACAUUUACUUGAAAUGAAAAAUAAGAAUGGAAGCACAGCCCUUCACAUUGCUGCAAUAGUCGGCAACACAGAAGCAGCAAAGUUCUUGAUUAUAAGAAACAGAGAGUUGUUGGUAACAGAAGACAAUAAAUGUGAAACACCUUUGGAUAAAGCUUUUGACAAUAUGCAUCUCGAUACCGUUGAAUAUUUGUUGAAAGCCACCAAGGGGAAUGGGAAACCGGAGAAAAUACUUCUUUAG